AUGGCCCACUACUUUUCCGCUCUGUACCAUGCGGUCUUCGGAAAUCCGGACUCGAUCCUCGAGAUACCGGACAAGUGCGCCUCAAUGGAGAUGCUUCCUGUGGAGCUCUUGACCGAGAUCUGCAGCUACCUGAAACAACCAGAAUGGAUCGCCCUGAGGCUCACUUCAAAGGCUCUGUACUCCAACACGCUAGAGUCUUUCGCCAACCAUAAUUUAAAGAGCAUUUGCAUCCUCCUUACAAGCAAUAGUCUCCGACAACUGACAGACCUCGCUGCGAAUGAUACGCUCCGAACACGAGUCCAAGAGCUAUGGGUGAUUCCAAUCUUGUUCGGUGGUUGUUAUGAAAUGGACUAUGAGGAGUUUGUCAUCUCGCCGUAUGGAGCGUCUUCCCGGGUCGAAUACGCCUGGGAAACCGGUGAACUUGAAGCUCACUAUAAAGGAUACAAGGCAACAGUAGCCGACCAUCUGGAGUUGCUUCAGUCCGAUACUCUUAGUACCAUUCUAGAUGCCUGCGUCGCGCGUUUCGAGAGCCUGUCUUCCAUUGGACUGCGGUGGUAUCCCACAAACCGCCUCCUUCAUCCGGAUAGGGACUUCCCGUGCUUAGGUUUACGCGAGCUACUGGAUCAAUUGGAUUGUCGUUCCUUGUGUCGAGAGCCCCUCAGCCGUUUCAAAAACACGACAAUUGCUCACCGGGGAACUCCUGUCUUCUGUACUCUUCUUAAUGCAGUGAUCUCUUCAAAGCGGAAGCUUAAGAAGCUACAUACAUGUGACGUGCAUCACUAUGGCAUACUCUCGAAUAACAUUACUCUAUUUCCUCCGCCACGGUUCAGAGCCAUCCUGCCGCUAACACAAGGACUGGAACAUCUUCAUCUUUGCAUCUGCAGGCCUAGCGAUCAGGAUGAGCCGGAGUUCAGCGAUCUCCUCGAUAUCCUCGUCACAGCAGCUCCCACUCUGAAGACAUUGACAUUCUCACAAUGGGCAGAUCGCACCAGUCUCAGCCCUUCAUACUUCUCCAAUCUUGCAGAGUCUAUCAACUUCACUCAACUCACCGACCUCCAUCUCACGUAUAUCGAAAUCACACAAGAUACACUCAAAACAUUCCUCCGUACCACCACGCCAACACUCAGGAAACUAAGUCUAUCGUCCAUAAACCUAACCGACCAUCUGGUACCGCCAGCGGCCCGUCAUUCCUUCAGUGGAUUUUCACGACCCACAAGGAAAGCCAAAAUGGCCCGUCUCUGGCACAGUAUUUGGGCCUUCAUCCGAGACGAGCUAAUCCUAGAAUACCUCUCGAUGAAAGACCUCACGUGUCAGCGGUGUCACGUGGAGAUCUAUGACAAUUCCAGUCAAAUAAAAAGUUAUUCGGCAGUUUUCGAUUCUCAGAAUACGCGUGUAUCCUUGCAAGAGUGGGUUGAGGGGUUGACGGCGAUAGGCACAUCUUGUCUGCAUGAAGCGCCUGGAACUAUUUGUAAGUUGUAUUUACUUUAA